GUGUGAUUGUUGCCCAGGCACCCCGUAUGAAUACUCAUGUGACAGGGAAUCGAUUUCGAGAUCUCGAUAGAUGAGUCGGGCAGCUCUGCUGAAAAUCGACAGCACUGCGACCUGCUUCAAUGCGGUUUGUUUCGCUUUCUCGCUUUGUCCAUACUCGAAAUCUUGGGUAUCCUUGACCUCCAAGAUCUAGGUACGGUGAAGCCGCCGAACAACGAUGUUCUCGGCCGGAAGAAUUUCGCCCUGGCCUGGUCAGUCCGAGGCUCAACAGCUUCGCGAAUGCACCCGUAAGAUUUCGUUCCUGGGCCCACUUAAAAGUUCCUGGGGAAGUGCUUGAAGAAUGCGCCCGUCAUCGGUUUCCUCCUCCAUGAUCAAUCAUUCGCAAUGGCUCAAAAUGGCGUGAAUGGGAUGCAUGACGAAACUGUCGAGCUUUGGAGACAUCCUCAUCCAGAGAAAUCCGAGUUUUAUGCUUUCCAGCAGCAUGUCGCAAAGAAGCAUGGUGUCCCAACAACUGCCUACCAUGACCUCUGGCAAUGGAGUGUUGAUCACCCAGGCGCCUUUUGGGAGGAGGUCUAUAACUAUACGGGAAUAAGAGCGCAUAAACGGUAUGAUUUUGUCCUGGACGAGUCCUUGCCCAUGUUCCCUAAGCCGACCUUCUUUGCUGGCUGCGAGUUGAAUUUCGCUGAAAACCUCCUGUUCCCUGCUUCAAAUCCUCCACCCGACUCUCUCGCCAUCAUCGCGGCCACAGAACAGACUCGUGAGCAAGUGACAUGGGCAGAGCUGCGAGAGCGUGUCCGGUUAUGCGCCGCAGCCAUGGAGGCUUAUGGCCUCAAACAAGGGGAAAGAGUGGCGGGUUACCUUGCAAAUCAUGCGAAUGCAGUCAUCGCCAUGCUUGCAGCAACCUCCCUGGGUGCAAUAUGGUCCGGGGUCAGCCCUGAUACUGGCGUGCAUGCGGUCCUCGACAGACUGAAGCAAAUCGAGCCUGUUUUACUUUUAGCAGACAAUGCGGUGACAUACAAUGGCAAGACUCACGAAACUCACAGCAAGAUAUCCCAUGUCAUUGCUGACCUACCAUCAAUCCGGAACGUUGUCAUAUUCCAGACAGUCGCAGGACAUCAUUUCGACCUACCGUCUCUGGAACGUCAGCCCAACACUACGGUGGAGACAUAUUCUACUUUCUUGUCUAAAGGCCAUUCUGCACGACCUCUGGAAUUUACAUAUCUUCAUCCCGAACACCCCGUAUAUAUCCUCUAUUCCUCCGGCACGACUGGAAUUCCGAAGCCGAUUGUGCAUGCUUCCCUGGGCACACUUCUCCAACACAAGAAGGAGCAUCUAAUACAGUCCGGUAUCAGACCCGGCGAGAGACUACUUUACUUUACUACAGUUACGUGGAUGAUGUGGCAUUGGCUAGUGUCAGGCCUUGCAAGUGGAGCGACUAUUGUGGUAUACGACGGGUCACCGUUCCAGCCUCAUAAAGAGAUGAGUAUGCCACUACUUAUCGAUGAACUAAAACUCAAUCAUUUCGGGACGUCGGCUAAGUACCUCUCCGUCCUUGAGCAAGCCAACCUCCUCCCGAGAGAAGCGUCUCCCAAGACCGCAACACUCGAAUCUCUCAAGUCAAUAUUUUCCACCGGCUCCCCUCUCGCACCGAGCACGUUUCAAUACGUCUACAAGAACCUCUCGCCACCGUCACCACAUCCUGGCAUUCUCUUGGGCUCAAUAACCGGCGGCACCGAUAUCAUCUCUCUUUUUGGCGCGCCUUGUUCCAUCCUUCCGGUGUAUAUGGGUGAAAUUCAAUGCCGCGGCCUGGGUAUGUCUGUCAAGGCCUUCGCGCCUGACGGCACGGACAUCUCAUGCACAGGUCAAGCAGGCGAACUUGUGUGCACCGUGCCUUUUCCUUGUCAACCGUGCAUGUUCUGGCCUCCAGGCCCUAAAGGGGAGGCGCGGUACAAAUCUUCAUACUUCGAAUCGUUCAAAGAUCAGAAAUCGGGAGAGCCUAUUUGGACCCACGGAGACUUUGUCCGCUUCAACCCUAAGACCGGCGGUAUCUGGAUGCUCGGUCGUUCCGAUGGUGUUCUCAAUCCAAUGGGGGUCCGCUUCGGGUCAAGCGAGAUCUACAACAUUUUGCUCAAGCACUUUGCGAGAGAAGUCGAAGAUGCACUGUGCAUAGGACGUAAGCGCGAGCAGGAUGUGGACGAAGUGGUGGUUCUGUUCCUCAAGAUGUCUGCCGGUCAGAGCUUCUCCAGCGAACUCUCACACAGAAUACAAGCAGUCGUCAAGAAAGAGCUCAGUGCGAGACAUGUACCAAAAAUCAUAGACGAAUGUCCCGAGAUACCGGUCACUACGAAUGGCAAGAAGGUGGAGGGUGCCGUGAAGCAAAUCCUCAGUGGACUGAACAUUAAAACAAGUGCAAGCGUGGCCAAUAGCAGCUGCCUGGAUUGGUACAAGCAGUGGGCAGAGUCGCAUUAGAAUGCUGAAUUCCAUGACGCUUCACCAGUACCUACUUUUAAUAUCACAGAAAUGGCAGUGCAUUGCUCC